AUAUAUUGCUCCUACCUAGUGAGAGAUUAGAAAACAUAGUUCCAAGUGGUGCGGUCCACUCCAUCUCCAAGUGCGACUUGCCAGUGCCUCACUUACUGUAGUGGUGGUGGAGUGCACGAGCAGAGUAGGUCCUAGUGGAUAGGUGGUCCUCUAGUGAGCACUAUUGAGUAAUAGAGUAGUGUAGACUAUUAUCUUCUCUUUUCUGUCUUUCCUUUGAAAGGUCAGGUGUUGUUAAAUACUUAAAUUUACUAUGACCUAUCCGGCUAUCACAAACCGAACCCCUGCCUCCUUCUAGCUAUAAUAUAAUCAUCACUAAUUUCCAUCGGAAACAGUGCCGCCUUCAUAUAUCAUCGAUGAAUAAUCAUCUGCCACAAUGCCAUGCAUUAACAACAUUAAUACUGCUUCUAUUAUUGCAUGGAGACGGAGCAUCCAGCAGUGAGAGUGAAGUCGUCAAAAUCGGUGCCAUCUUCACAUUAAAAACUAUAAACGGGAGAGUUUCCAAAAUUGCGAUCCAAGCUGCUGAGAGGGACGUCAAUGCAGAUCCUCGCAUCCUGGGGGGACGUAAAUUGUCUAUCACCGUCCAUGACUCCAACUUCAGUGGCUUUCUUAGCUUCAUUGGGGCCCUCAAGUUGUUGGUGACGGACACUGUAGCAAUAAUUGGUCCGCAAAGUUCGGUGAUGGCCCAUGUGCUUUCGCAUCUUGCAAAUGAGCUCCACGUCCCUCUACUCUCCUUCACGGCUCUUGAUCCCACCCUGUCGCCUCUUCAGUACCCUUAUUUCGUUCAAACUGCACCCAGCGAUCAGUUCCAGAUGACUGCGGUGGCAGACAUGAUUAGCUAUUAUGGUUGGAGAGAGGUCAUUGCGGUGUUCAGCGACGAUGAUCAGAGUCGAAAUGGCAUAACUGUGUUGGGGGAUAAGCUUGCAGAGAAACGCUGUAAGUUGUCUUAUAAAGCAGCACUGCCCCCUGAUCCAACGGCCAGCGCAAGCGAUGUAUCCUCUGAGCUGGCCAAGAUUCAAAGUAUGGAAGCUCGGGUGGUUGUAGUGCACACCUUUGCCCAAACAGGUCUCUUGGUUUUUGAUGUGGCUCACAGACUAGGGAUGAUGAGGCAAGGCUAUGUGUGGAUAGCUACUACUUGGCUUUCAACUGUCUUAGAUUCAACUUCAAACACCUCCAACUCUCUGGAUAUCCGGGGAGUUCUCACGCUUCGCCCUCACACCCCUCUGUCAAGACCAAAACAGGCAUUCAUCUCAAGGUGGAAGCACAUUAGUAAUGGCUCUGUUGGAUUAAACCCAUACGGACUCUACGCUUAUGAUGCUGUUUGGACCAUUGCCCACGCAUUGAAGCUAUUCUUUGCUGAGAAUGGGACCAUCUCUUUCUCCAAUAAUACAAAUUUUGGUGGUAUGGCUGGUCUUGCUUCCUUGAGCAUCUUUGAUGGUGGGAACCAGUUACUCGAUAACAUACUUCGCAUAAACACCACUGGAUUGACAGGGCCGAUUCAAUUUGUUGGCUCAAACAGAUCCCCCCUGCAUCCAUCCUAUGACAUCCUUAAUGUACAUGCCACUGGCUACAGGACUAUUGGAUACUGGUCCAAUUACUCUGGCCUCUCUGUCACCACUCCCGAGAAACUUCACAGAAAGACAUCCAUCCGCUCUGUUUCAAACCAGCAUCUAUACAAUGUGACGUGGCCUGGAAAUACAAGGGAAAGGCCUCGUGGAUGGGUUUUCCCCCAUAGUGGGAGGCAACUCAGAAUCGGGGUCCCCAACAGAGCCAGUUAUCAAGGCAUCGUCUCACAAAUAAAUGGGCCCCAUGUAGUUCAAGGAUACUGCAUCGACAUAUUCCUCGCUGCCAUCAAAUUGCUUCCAUAUCCAAUUCAAUAUAGGUUCAUUCUGUUUGGAGAAGGACAUAAGAAUCCAAGCUACUAUGAUCUUGUCAACAUGAUUGCUUCGGAUGUGUUUGAUGCUGCUAUAGGUGACAUUGCAAUUGUCACUGACCGAACAAAGAUCGUGGAUUUUACUCAACCAUAUAUAGAGUCAGGUCUAGUUGUGGUUGCUCCGGUUCAAAGAUUGAAGUCAAGUUCUUGGGCUUUCUUGAGACCAUUUACUGCACCCAUGUGGGGUGUCACUGCACUUUUUUUCCUUCUUAUUGGAGCAGUGAUCUGGAUUCUUGAACACCGAACCAACGAUGAGUUCCGAGGGCCUCCAAAGACGCAAAUAGUGACUGUUCUUUGGUUUAGUUUCUCAACUAUGUUCUUUGCGCACAGAGAGAACACAGUUAGCCCACUUGGUCGUGUUGUGCUGAUAAUAUGGCUUUUUGUGGUUCUAAUAAUCAAUUCAAGUUACACGGCAAGCUUGACGUCAAUUCUAACUGUGCAGCAGCUGUCCUCACCCAUAACGGGCAUUGACACCUUGAUAACAAGCAACAAGCCCAUAGGAUUCCAGGUAGGGUCAUUUGCUGAGAACUAUCUCACUCAGGAACUGAACAUCCCAAAACAUAGGCUUGUUCCCCUUGGCUCGCCAGAAGAAUAUGCUACUGCCCUUGAGAAGGGAACUGUUGCCGCUGUGGUAGAUGAACGCCCAUAUGUUGAACUCUUCCUGUCAGAACACUGCCAUUUCUCAAUUAGGGGCCAAGAGUUCACCAAAAGUGGAUGGGGAUUUGCAUUCCGGAGGGACUCUCCUUUAGCCAUUGACAUGUCAACUGCCAUUCUGAGUCUAUCCGAGAACGGUGAACUUAGUAAGAUCCAUGAUAAGUGGCUUUCAAAGAAGGCCUGUGGUUUUCGCGGUGCACAGGAUGAGCAACUUCAAUUCAACAGUUUCCGGGGCCUAUUCCUGAUCUGCGGGAUAGCGUGUUUGGCGGCGCUCCUUAUCUACUUGCCCUCGGUGGCAUACCAAUUCAGUCAGAACUCCCCGGAAAGAGAGAGAGGCAAUCAUCCUUUUGGUCAUUCCAGCACCUCACGUUCUGCACGCAUACAGACAUUUCUAAGCUUCGUUGAUGAAAAGGAAGACACAUCACGCAACAACAGCAAGUUUAAAAGGAAACUUGAGGAUAUCUCAUCUUCCAGAUCCAGAUCCAGAACCAGAAUCAGCCGUUUAAGGACCAUGGCCAUGCCCAAGAAAUUACACAUACACAUAGGCACUUCUCAACAGUCAGGACCAAAUGCCGGAUACUCAGGUUCCACCGAUCAAGCAAUCAAUUAGAAUAGAUAAUGGAUGUCAUUGUGUGUUUCUUGCUCCUCUUAUCUCGAUUUCUUAUGUAGAAUUAUAUUACUGUGAGACAUCGCAGCAGGGUAGCAGACUGGCAGGGGUUGUAUACUAAUUUUAAUCUUAAAGUGCACCCAAGUAAUGUCUAUUCUUCAUA